CUCUCUUCUUCGUCAAUUUCUAAAAUCUAAAAAUCUGAAAUCCCUAAUUUGACUAUUAGUACUAUUUGUUAAGGAUAUAGUCAAGUGAGGAAUUCAAUGGCAAACACCCCUUUUCCCCAAUACUGUUGUUCUUAGGUGAUGGCCAUACUUGCAGAUUUCAUGCUGGUUUAUCUUCCUGCACCUACUAUGUCUCUUAGACCGCCGCUUGGAAUCAAUGCAGGCCCUAUUGUUAAGUUCUUCCACAACUGUCCGGAUAAUGCAUUCCAGGUUGCUCUCUCUGGGACAUUAUAUUCUUUGUUACAGAGAUUUGGUGCAAUAGCGCGUAUUGGGGCUAAGCUUUUUGCUAUUGGAACUGCAUCAUCACUGGUUAGGACAGUUGUGACAAAUACCUUGAUUAAUGCAAAGAAGGCAGUUGAUAUGUCUUCCUCUGAAGAAAUCGAAAAUGUUCCAAUAUUAUCUACCAAUGCUACCUAUGGUGUCUAUAUGGCAGUUUCUAGCAACCUCAGGGAACUUUUGCUUCUAAUUCAUGAACACCUGCAGGCAUCUAGAUUGUCACAAGCUGCUUCUACGUUGCUUAAAGAGGCUCAAUUGACUCCCUUACCAUCAUUGACAAUUAGCAUCAUUGCAACUAUUUGUUCUCAGAUUGACUCAUACAACAUAUAUUGCAUUACAAAAGGUGCAACAUUGGUUCCAGCUGCUUGGAAAGCUAGCUACUUUAAAAAUUCCCAAAAUACAUCUUCACAUGUGUCGCCAAAAUGGAAGAAUGAUUAAUGAAACCUGAUACUGCUGGCAUCAU